GCCAUCCUAUCUUAAUUCCCACUGUGCCCGUCUUUGUUUUCUCUCUGUACACACUCAAAUACUUCAUCAAAAUCAAUUCUCCUCCACUCGAAUAAAAUCAAAACUCGAAAAUCAAAUCACUGCUUUCUUCUUCUUCUUCUUCUUCUUCUUGUAGGCUGUAAAGCAGAAGAAGGAAGGAUCCUUGUUGUAUGGAUAUAUGUGCGUAGUCUAGUUACUCUGACUCCAUUUUUUAAUGUUUUUAUGUAACUAAAGUGUAGUUGUUUAUUUAUUUAUUUAUUUAUGUUUGUGUGUGUUUGCUUGCUGUGUGAGAUAAAGUUUGGUGAUGCUUUAAGAAGCUUAUUGGUUUGCUAAAAAAAGCUAUGAUUAUUCUUAGUUACUUAGUUGGUUUUUGUUGAUUUUGAAAUCUGUCUGUUAGGAUGGUACGGGCGAAUCGGGAUCCGUUCAUUUUGGGUGUUUGAUUUUGAGAGCCGAAAAUUAGGUCAUAAUAAUAAUAAUAAUAAUAAUAAUGGCGGCGAAGAUCGGAGGAGGUGAUGAGGGUGCGGCGGCGAAGUCGCUGAGCCGGCGGCUGAGCUCGAGAAGCUUGGCGUCGGCCAGCGCGCGGGAGGUGUUCACGGCGGCGCUUGGGGAGGACGCGUUUGCAAGGAGCGUGCGGGAAAACGAGGAGGAGGAGCUGAUGUGGGCGGCGAUUGAGCGGCUGCCGACGUACGAUCGGAUGAGGAAAGGGAUUCUGAAGCAGGUGUUGGAGGACGGGCAGGUGGUCAGGGAGGAGGUGGACUUCGGGCAGCUGGGCAGCCAGGGUAAGAAGCACUUGAUGAAGAACAUCCUCCGCGACGUCGAGCAGGAUAACGAGAGCUUCCUGCGGAAGCUUAGGGACAGAACCGACAGAGUUGGGAUUGAGAUUCCGAAAGUAGAAGUUCGGUACGAGCAUGUAUCGGUGGACGGGGACGCCUUCGUCGGCUCGAGAGCUCUGCCUACGCUGCUCAAUGCCUCGUUGAAUCUAAUUGAGGGAGUUUUUGAGAAGGUGAAGUUAAUCCCUUCCAAGAAAAAGUCGAUCAAGAUACUUGAUGACAUUAGCGGAACUGUGAAGCCUUCGAGGAUGACGCUACUUCUCGGCCCUCCGGGUGCUGGCAAGACCAUUAUGCUAAAGGCGCUUUCUGGGAAGUUGGACAAAGAUCUUAGGGUGAGCGGAAGAAUAACAUACUGCGGUCACGAGUUGUCCGAAUUCGUACCUCAGAGGACUUGUUCUUACAUAAGCCAACACGACCUUCACCACGGGGAGAUGACGGUUAGGGAGACCUUGAAUUUUUCUGGACGUUGCUUGGGAGUUGGAACCCGAUACGAGCUCCUCGCUGAGCUGUCGAGGCGAGAGAAAGAGGCCGGGAUCAAACCCGAUCCAGAGAUCGACUCCUUUAUGAAAGCCGCCGCAGUGUCGGGACAAGAAUCGAGCAUUGUCACCGACUACGCUCUCAAGCUACUCGGAUUGGAUAUCUGCGCCGACAUAUUGGUCGGAGAUCAGAUGCGACGAGGGAUCUCCGGCGGACAGAAGAAGCGUCUCACGACAGGCGAAAUGUUGGUCGGACCGUCCAAGGUAUUCUACAUGGACGAGAUCUCAACGGGCCUCGACAGCUCAACGACGUACCAAAUUGUCAAAUACAUGCGACAGAUGGUUCAUAUCAUGGACGUAACGAUGAUCAUAUCACUUCUACAACCCGCGCCCGAGACAUUCGAGCUGUUUGACGACAUUAUUAUGCUAUCGGAAGGUCAGAUCAUCUACCAGGGGCCGCGAGAAUACAUCCUCGACUUUUUUUCCAGUGUCGGAUUCGCAUGCCCCGAGAGGAAAGGUGUGGCCGACUUUCUACAAGAGGUUACUUCAAAAAAGGAUCAAGAACAGUACUGGUCGAAAAAGGAUGAGCCUUACAGUUAUAUUUCGGUGUCUGAAUUCGUCGACCAUUUCAGUUCCUUCCACGUCGGGCAGAAGCUUUCCGACGACCUGGCAGUCCCUUACGACAAGGCCAAAGCUCAUCCCGCUGCGCUGGUUACUGAAAAAUACGGAAUAUCGAAUGUGGAGCUGUUCAAGGCUUGUCUGUCGAGGGAAUGGCUUUUGAUGAAGCGGAACUCUUUCUUGUACAUAUUCAAGACAUUCCAGAUUACCAUAAUGUCGAUAAUUACUUUCACGGUGUUCUUCAGAACAGAAAUGAGUUCAGGCCAGCUCGUGGAUGGAGAGAAGUUUUACGGUGCUCUUUUUUUCAGCCUUAUUAACGUGAUGUUCAAUGGCACGGCUGAGCUCGCGCUUACUGUUAUGAGACUUCCGGUUUUCUUUAAACAACGAGACGGAUUGUUUUACCCGGCUUGGGCAUUUUCUUUACCCAUCUGGCUCCUUAGGAUUCCCCUCUCGAUUAUGGAGUCGUCCAUAUGGAUCAUCCUAACGUAUUAUACGAUUGGAUUCGCUCCUGAACCUAGUAGGUUUUUCCGGCAAUUGCUUGCAUUUUUCGCCCUCCAUCAGAUGGCGCUGUCGCUGUUUAGAUUCAUCGCUGCUCUCGGAAGAACGCAAGUUGUUGCAAACACAUUAGGCACAUUCACAUUGUUGAUUGUCUUUGUUCUCGGAGGCUUUAUCAUCGCUAAAGAUGAUAUCAAACCGUGGAUGAUCUGGGGCUAUUAUGUUUCGCCUAUGAUGUACGCGCAGAAUGCUAUAACCAUCAAUGAGUUCCUCGACAAAAGAUGGAGUACGCCGAAUACGGAUCCAAGGUUCAGUGAGCCGACAGUAGGCAAGGUUCUUCUUAAGCUGAGGGGAAUGUAUACGGAGGAUUAUAUGUACUGGAUAUGUGUUGUUGCUCUCUUCGGAUUUUCGAUUCUUUUCAACGUCUGCUUCAUUGUUGCGCUCACUUAUCUGAAUCCUUUUGGAGACUCGAAAUCAAUCGUUCCGGAUGAAGAUAGUGUAAGGAAGAGAAAGACUCUUGCCUCGGACGGCAGUCUACAGUCUGAAGCUUCCGAAGUUUCGAAUGUAUCUAUUGCAGGUGGGGAAAUGUCUCUAAGGAUUAAGUCGGAAGGAAGCAGCAGAGCGACGAGAGGAAUGUUGCUUCCGUUCACUCCCCUUUCGCUGGUGUUUGAUCACGUGAACUACUUUGUCGACAUGCCUGUUGAAAUGAAAAAGAAUGGGAUCGAAGAAUCUCGACUUCAGUUAUUGAGGGAUGUGAGCGGGGCUUUCAGGCCGGGAGUUUUGACGGCGUUAGUCGGUGUAAGCGGCGCAGGGAAGACGACAUUGAUGGAUGUGCUGGCGGGAAGAAAAACCGGCGGAUAUAUCGAAGGGAGCAUCAGUAUUUCUGGCUACCCAAAGGUUCAAUCAACUUUUGCUCGAAUCAGCGGCUAUUGCGAGCAGAAUGACAUUCAUUCUCCGCACGUGACAGUUUACGAGUCCGUCGUGUACUCUGCCUGGCUGCGUCUUUCUAACACCGUCGAUAAGGAAACUAGGGAGAUGUUUGUCGAGGAAGUGAUGGAAUUGAUCGAGCUGAAUCCGCUGCGAGAUGCAUUAGUUGGCCUACCCGGAGUGAACGGUUUGUCAACUGAACAAAGAAAAAGGCUGACUAUAGCAGUCGAAUUGGUCGCUAAUCCAUCGAUCAUUUUCAUGGACGAACCGACUUCGGGACUCGAUGCUAGAGCCGCUGCGAUUGUGAUGCGCACGGUGCGCAACACAGUCGACACAGGGCGAACCGUCGUGUGCACUAUUCACCAGCCGAGCAUAGAUAUUUUCGAAGCUUUCGAUGAGCUAUUGCUGAUGAAGAGAGGAGGACAAGUUAUAUACGCCGGCCCUCUUGGCCGUCAUUCGCAUCUCUUGAUCGAUUACUUCAAAUCUGUACCGGGUGUUCCCGACAUCAAAGAAGGCUACAAUCCUGCGACGUGGAUGCUGGAGGUCACUACGCCCGCAAUGGAGGCUCAACUUAACAUAGAUUUCGCCCAAGUUUAUGCAAAGUCUGAUCUAUACCGGAGAAACGAAGAACUGAUUAAACAGCUCAGCAGUCCAGCGCCAGGGUCGAGCGAAGUACGGUUCCCAACUGAAUACGCGCAGUCCUUUUUUAUUCAGUGUAGAGCUUGCUUCUGGAAGCAACAUUUGUCGUAUUGGAGACAUCCUCGGUAUAAUGCCGUUCGAUUCUUUAUGACUAUAAUCAUCGGAGCCAUGUUUGGGAUCAUAUUUUGGGACAAAGGGCAACAAAUGUCUAAACAGCAGGAUUUGAUGAAUCUGCUCGGCGCCAUGUACUCGGCUGUUCUGUUUCUUGGAGGAACGAAUACUUCUGCCGUGCAGUCGGUUGUCGCAGUCGAAAGAAGUGUUUUCUACCGCGAGAAGGCUGCAGGGAUGUAUUCAGCUUUGCCUUACGCCUUUGCUCAGGUGGCGAUCGAGACUGUAUAUGUCGCGGCCCAAACGUUGAUAUACACUCUUCUCCUUUACUCUAUGAUUGGUUUUGAGUGGAGGGCCGAGAAGUUCUUCUUCUUCUACUUCUUCGUGUGCAUGUGCUUUGUGUACUUCACCUCCUACGGGAUGAUGCUCGUCGCGCUCACGCCCAAUUACCAAAUUGCUGCGAUCGUCAUGUCCUUCUUCCUCAGCUUUUGGAACCUGUUCUCUGGUUUCCUUAUCCCAAGAACGCAAAUUCCGAUAUGGUGGAGAUGGUACUAUUGGGCUUCUCCGGUGUCGUGGACAAUAUACGGUCUGGUGACAUCUCAGGUGGGGGACAAGGAGGAGUUGCUGGAAGUGCCGGGGUUCGGAAAUGUGUCGCUGAAGACAUAUUUGGAUCAGUAUCUGGGGUUCGACUACGACUUCCUGGGCGCCGUGGCUGCCGCGCACGUCGCCUGGGCGCUGCUUUUCUGCUUCGUGUUCGGAUUCGGCAUUAAGUACCUCAACUUCCAGAAGAGGUGAGCUGAGUACUCAACUCAACUGCUACGUAUGCACAUACUCACUCAUUUAUGCCUAUAUGCUUUUUUAUUUAUUUGUUACAUAUACUAUAUAUUACAUCAAAAUAUGCCUUGGUCGUUUAUAACAAAGUGUAUUAUUAUUUGGGUUUUUUUUUUUUUUUUUUUUUUUUUUUUUUUUUUUUAUCGGAGACAAAGUGUAUUAUUAUUGAUAGAAGGGAGAAUUGUACACAUUAAAGUUUGUUAUAGGGUGGUUCAUGUCCCUCAGUUGAGCAGUUGUGUGUUUAAACAAGUUAGACAGUCUGUCAAACUCUUGUAGAUCAAGCGGUGACGCAUC